GGAGCAGCAGCAGCAGCAUGGCGUCCGAGCAGGAGAGCUCCAACGGCCCCGUGAAACGCUCCGUGCGGGAAAAGGCCAUCGAGCGACGCGCCGCCAACAAGGAGCACAACAGCAACUUCAAGGCGGGCUACGUCCCCAUCGAGGAGGAGCGUCUGCACAAGACGGGUCUGCGGGGCCGCAAGGGCAACGCGGCCGUGUGCGUCAUCGUGCUGCUCUUCCUGCUGGCGCUCGUCAACCUCGUCAUCACCCUGGUCAUCUGGACGGUGAUCCGCAUCGGACCCAACGGCUGCGACAGCAUGGAGUUCCACGAGAGCGGUUUGCUGCGCUUCAAGCAGAAGGCCGACAUGGGCGUCGUUCACCCGCUGCACAAGAGCACGGUGGGCGGCCGCAAGAACGAGGACCUCGUCGUCACCGGCAACAACAACCCGGUGGUCUUCCAGCAGGGCUCCACAAAGCUGAGUGUGGAGAAGGAGAAGACCUCCAUCACCAGUGAUCUGGGGGUGUCCUUCACAGAUCCCCGAACCCAGAACACCUUCUUCAGCACCGACUACGAGAAUCACGAGUUCCACCUGCCCAAGGGUGUCAAAGUGCUGAAUGUUCAGAAGGCUUCCACCGAGAGGAUCACGAGCAACGCCUCCUCGGACCUGACCAUCAAAGGGGACGGCAAAGCCAUCAUUCGGGGGAACGAAGGCGUCUUCAUCAUGGGCAAGACCGUGGAGUUCAGGAUGGGUGGAGACAUCGAGCUCCGGGCUGAGAACAGCAUAGUCCUGAACGGCUCGGUGAUGGUGAACUCGUCACGCAUCCCCAGCUCGAGCGCGGGGGGCCAGCUGCUCUUCGACGAGGGUCUCGAGCGCUACAAGCUGUGCAUGUGUGCGGACGGGACGCUCUUCCGGGUCCAGGUCAAGUACCAGAACAUGGGCUGUCAGACGUCGGACAACCCGUGCGGCACGGCCCACUGAGCCCCCCGGCGGGAGGGGGGGGGGACGACGACUGCGGAGCUCCUAGAGACGCCCCUGCUCGUGAAGCCCGUGGCGUCCCCGUGUCCCCAUGGCUGUGGACAUCCCACGAUCUGUGUGUCACUCUCUAUGCAUACGUACCUGUGUGUCACUCUCUGUGCGCUGGCUCCUUGUGCUACAAACGGUUCAGAACAUUCAAGGGUAAUUUCUCCACUUAGUUUAUUUCUAAUUGUGUUUUUUCUUCACUUAAAUAUUUCCUGAAAUAUUUCUGCUUCUGUGGAGCAGCUCAAAAAUGUGUCCAGCAGACAGGUGGCAGUAAAGGGGCGGUACGGCGGGUAACGCUGCUGUCUCGGUGCCUGGGUGGUGCGACAGGACGUGGGUUCGAUCCCCGCUCGCUUUGCGUGGGUUUCCUCCCACACUUGAGAGGCAUGCUGGUCAGGUUCCCCCAUUGUGUGUGUGUUCCGCUGAUGUGUGGAUGAGUGACCCCUUGUAAGUAGGGUAUCUAGCAGUGUAAGUCACCGCGGUGAAUAAGGUGUGUGGGCUGAUGGUAACACUACAUGGAGUUCGUUGGAAGUCCCUUUGGAGAAAAGCGUCUGAUAAAUAAAUAAAUAAAUGUAAAGAGGAGUAAAGGGCAGUAAAAAUCAGUGUGUGGAACCGCCUUUGUUCAACUCCCUUCCACGGUGUUUGCGCCUCCUGAGUGUCAGUGAUCAGUGACACUGAAUACCUCUUUUUUUCUUUUAAUUUUCAGUCAUUUUAAAUUAGUUAAAUUAACAUCAGUUUCCAGAAGUCAAGAUAUCGAGACAAAAGUCCAACAGAGUAUUUUACCACAUAUUUUACCUGUAGCCUUGAUUUUUUUUGCAGGAUAUAAAUGAAGGGAAGUUUGUAUUAAUAACAUUUAUUGAUUGUGACUGGAGUGACGAACAGGCUGCUGUUCUCAGCUGUGUGUGAGCUGAGGAGCCUGUGUGUGUGUGUGUGUGUGUGUGUGUGUGUGUGUGUGUUCUGGUCCUGUAGCACCCCCCCCCCCGUGAAUGACAGGCCCUCAAAGGGGUGGGGCUUCAACUGCAUAACCAUGGCAACAUGGUUUCCCCCGCCCCCUUGUAAGCUGAAGCAGUUCAAACCUGUUGAAGGACUCAGUUUUACUGCAGUUAAUUGUCCCAGCAUGCACUCUGUUUUCAGUGUGACAGAGCAACGUGUGGAGAAAGAGUGUGUUGCCAUGGUGAUGCUAGUAGCUUGUUUUGCUUCGAACUGCACCGAACGUGAAGUUUUCACUGACGCCCAUUUGUGUUCUUCCUUUGGCGGGAGCGCUUGCGGUCGCCACGAAAGGCCCGGGGCGGUUGGCCGAGAGGACCCGCGUUCGACUCGCCCGCCCGUCGUGGUCCCUGCGGUCCGGUCCUCGUGAACGCCUUCUCCUUCUCCGUUUGCGUUCGUGAAAGAUUUGAUCAAUAAAGUGCUGUGUUUGAAUUGCA